AGUAAAUAGUAGUACGCUAAACAAGAAUACUUUUCUCAGUUUUACGUCAUAAAUUAAUAAAGUUUAUUUUAUAAAUUACCUGCGGAAGUGAUAUUCAUGUUGGAAAUAUUUAUAAUCACAGCUUUGUUAUAGAAAAAGAGAGGGCUCUUCAAAAUCAACACUGUCACUCUCCUGCGUGACACUGUCCGGCAUCAGCUUGAGUUGUAGUACCGUACAGUGCGAAGUAAACCGCAAGAGACUCGCUCGGGGAUUCGGUGAAUUUGGACUGGAAAUGGCCGUUUUUAGGUUAUCCUCGCAUCCGCCGCCGACGCAACGGUGCUCUGGUCGCAUCGUAAACAUCGAUGGCAUUAAUUCUUAAAUACCACAAGGAUUUAAACUGAAUUGUCACUCGAGAGUCUACAUAUUACAGGAGGAAUUGAUUAAAAUAUCAUUUAAAAAGUAACUACAAAAACUAGCAAAAAUCCAAUCAUGCAGCUACCUACUGAUGUUGAUUCAGAGCAAAUCAAAUCCUUCCGGGAAUUUUUGACAUCGUACAAUAAGUUAUCAGAAAUUUGUUUCACUGACUGCAUAAUGGAUUUCAACAGUCGUGAUGUUCAAACAAAGGAAGAGAAAUGUACUUUGAAUUGUAUGGAAAAAUACUUGAAGAUGAAUCAAAGGAUAUCGCAAAGGUUCCAAGAAUUUCAAAUGAUUGCAAAUGAAAAUGCGAUAGCUGCUACAAAAAAAUUGAAAUAAAUAUUUUUAUGUAUUCUCAAACACAUUGUUAAUUAUGUAUAGAUAUAAAAUUACGUUUAAGUAAUUA